GUACCGUAGCAAUAAUACUGUAAAUUAUGUAAAAGAUCAGAUUUCAUGCAGUUGGUCUUAUUUCUUUCCUACUUUUAACAGUAAAAAGCAAAAAUCGAAUGCAGAUUUCAGGUGGGGCUGGCAAUCAUUCAUGCCAGAAUCUGUUUAAUGCCUGUUUAAAAAAAAAAAGCCAAAGUAGCGAUGAACCCUUCUUCAAGCAAUCCCUUUCCCUUUUUGUUCGAGCAAUGAGAUGGAUGGAAAAAGUGAAAGAAAAAUUCUUGUCUUGCCAUGAAAGAAAUUCCGUAAAACAGUAUCUAGUAUGUGAAGGCCCUCUUUAAAUCCAAGCCAACCUUCCAUCUGCCUUGAUCCAUUCCACCCCUCCCAGCCCACCAUGCCUUCUGAAGCAACUAAACCUGAUCCUGCUGCAUUGUUACCCAGUGGGGAUGAUCAGAAGCAAAAACAUCAGCUGGAUCGUGAGAUCAAAGAGAUGAUCACUGCACUCACUCGUCACCUUGGUGAACUUCAAAAUGUUAACAAACGUGGAGGUACAACAAGCCAGGAUGAUGAGGAUGAUCAUGGCGUGAGAAUCAUCACGCUCACUGGAAGCAAUUAUGGUGCCACAAUGCAAAGCGCGUUGGAGGAUAUCAAAGCCAGUGACAACAGCAACCCUCAAUUAGGUGUGUCACUUGGAGGAGGAGGGGGAGAUGAUCAGGAUCAGGAUCAGGAGGGUGAAGAAUCACUGAGUACCUAUGCGAACAGCAAUAUCCAAGCUAUCAACAAUUCAAUCAUGAUGGGUGGUAGCUACUCCACCAACGAUCCUGAAUCACUGAGUACCUAUGCGAACAGCAAUAUCCAAGCUAUCAACAAUUCAAUCAUGAUGGGUGGUAGCUACUCCACCAACGAUCCUGGUGUUCAUGUGGAUGUCUCUGAAUAUAUUGAACACCAAGCCCAAAGCAAGCAGGGAAAGAAGGUCGCCAGCAAGAAGAAAGACAAGGAAACCUACAAAAGCGACCAACAUUCCGAGUAUUCUGGGUAG